GCGGGGCGGGCGGGAGAUGGCGGCCUGGGCGCGGGCGGUGCGGGGGCUGCUGCUGGACGUUAGCGGCGUCCUCUACGAUAGCGGCGGCGACGGCGGGGUGCCCAUCGCCGGCUCGGUGGAGGCGGUGCGCAGGAUCAAAGCGUCUGGUCUGAAGUUGCGGUUCUGCACUAACGAAACCCAAGCAACCAGGGAGAAGUUCGUGAAGAAACUCCAGGGCAUGGGCUUUGACAUCUCCGUGGCUGAAGUCACUGCCCCAGCACCAGCAGCCUGCCGCAUUUUGAAGGAGCGCAGCCUGAGGCCACACUUGCUUGUGCACAGCGAUCUUGUCCCUGAAUUUGCUGAGAUUGAUAAAGCAAAUCCAAACUGCGUGGUUAUCGGAGAUGCAGCAGAAAACUUCACCUAUGCAAACCUUAAUGAAGCUUUCCGAGUUCUGAUUGGGAUGGAGAAGCCUAUUUUGAUCUCCCUCGGAAGAGGACGCUACUAUAAAGAAACUGAUGGUCUGAAACUUGAUGUUGGAGCAUAUAUGAAGGCAUUAGAGUAUGCUUGUGAUGUUCAAGCUGAGGUAGUGGGAAAACCAGCAAAAAUGUUUUUUGAGUCAGCCUUGGCAGAAAUGGGAGUUCCACCGCAGCAGGCCAUCAUGAUUGGAGAUGAUAUUGUGAAUGAUGUCGGAGGGGCCCAGCGGUGCGGUAUGAGAGCUCUGCAAGUGCGGACAGGGAAGUACAGGCCUUGCGAUGAAAACCACCCCCACGUGAAGCCUGACGCGUACGUGAACAACCUCGCCGAAGCAGUUGACAUUAUCCUCCAGCAGCUGUGAAACCGACGGCGCUGCGGGCGACUGGAAGGAACAAGGAGGAGGCCUUGCAUGCAGCCCCUCAAUGAGGCCGCUUCAUCCCCGCCAUGAGGCCACUUCAUCCCCUCCCGCCUCCAUCUGACGUUAACAGACCCAGACCCAGCCUUGCCCGGGGUGGCGAACACCUGCAAUCCUAAAUGUUUCGUGUAACGGUACUAAAACUAUCUACUGACCUCCUCAGGGGAAUGCUGAACUUGCUGUCCUCUGGCACGUCUUGAACAUCUUCCCCUUGGUGCCCUGCCCCUGCCAGCACAGGCAAAAUCAGCUCUCCCAAAAGUGCCAGGUUUUUCCCUGGCUGGGGCUGAGCCUCGUCUGCCUGAGGGGAGCCCUGAGGGCGGUGAGGAGCCUCUGCCUCCCACCAUGCUGGGAGGCUCUGUCCCUCUGAGUCUUUGCUCACACAAGGGACCCAGCCCGGAGAUACCCAAGUGGGAAACGGGGGGCCCUUCACGGACAAGCUUUGCUGUUUAACUCACCCUUUCUGUGCCUUUUGGGAUGCCCAAGAUGGGAUGAGGGAUGUCCUUGAGGGGUGAUGGAGGCUGCCAAGCCCUGAGCUGGGGUGUGCCGGCCCAGGCCCGCUCUGCACCGUCCCAUGUGUGCCUCUUGCUAUGGGUGGCACAAAAACCCUGGGGAGGGGGACAGCCCCAGCACCCUUGGCAAGCCGGAAACCAUGUUUCUGCCACAUUUAGCCCCUGUCCAGCAGCGCCCUGGGUUAGGGCUCCGAAAUCCAGUAACGCUGCGUCACAUUAUGGAAAACCGUGUUGUCCUGUGGGGAAUAAACCUCAUCCUGUGCAUCUGGA